AUGCCCACCGAAGAAGAAAGAUACAAUGACGUGAAGCACAACGUGGAUAACAUGCACCUGAUCCAGCUGGGCGUCGCCUUGUUCGACGAAGGCGGCAACACCCCAUGGCCGGGGUGCUGUUGGCAGUUCAAUUUUUCGGAUUUCGAUCCCGAUGUGGAUGCUUCCUCUCCCGACUCCAUCGAGUUGUUGGCACAGAGCGGGCACGACUUCCAGCAAUACCGACGACACGGCAUCGACGCGCGGCUGUGCGCCUAUCUAGUAUGCGUGAAGCUCUUCUGCCAACCCUACAGCUCCAAGUAUGUUACGUUUCACGGACUCUACGACGUGGCUUUUGUGAUAAAGAUGAUCACCCGAGCCCCAUUGCCCAACACCUUGAACGAGUUCUCUGAUUUGGUGAGGACCAUCUUCGGCCAGAUUUAUGAUCUCAAAUAUAUACUCGAUUUUGUGGAGGACUGCGUCGGGGAGAGAUUGGUUUGGUGGGACUAUCAAGGUUAUUGA